UUUCUUCCUUACAUCCACAGAAUAAAAGACACCAUUAGGGUUCAUAAAACACCAGCUUCAGUUCCCGUUCUGCAACAAAACAAAAUACUGACAACAAUGAGAGGUGUCUUGCCCUACUACCGCGUGCAGCUCGGCCUUUUCCUAGCCUUGAUGUUCCUCGGGAACAUUCAAACGAAUGAAGGGUCUUUGCUUCCUCUUCUUAAUACUCCAGGAAGUCUACUCUCUGAUCUCUGGGCGGACCGGUUCCCCGAUCCGUUCAGAAUGUUGGAGCAAACCCCAUUAGGGCUAGAGAGGGAUCAGAGCAUGGCUCUGUCUCCUGCAAGAGUGGACUGGAAAGAAACACCUGAAGGUCAUACGAUCAUGCUCGACGUGCCCGGGUUGAAGAAGGACGAGGUCAAGAUCGAGAUAGGAGAGAGCCGAGUUCUGCGAGUCAGCGGAGAGAGGAAACGCGAGGAAGAGAAGAAGGGAGACCAUUGGCACAGAGUUGAGAGGUCCUAUGGCAAAUUCUGGAGACAGUUCAAACUUCCCGACAAUGUGGAUUUGGACUCUGUCAAGGCCAAGCUUGAAGACGGUGUGCUCACUAUUAACCUGACCAAACUCUCCCCUGACAAGAUCAAGGGUCCGAAGGUCGUCAGCAUUGAUGCUGAAGAGAACGAACCUAGCAAACUCAAGUCAUCUCAAACCAAACAAGAGCUCCGAUAAAGUAAAUCCAUCCCCAACGUCUUCUGUCUGUUGUGAUGAUGCAAUCUAUAUACCAAAAUCUGUGUAACCAAACAAGAGCUCCGAUCAAGUAAAUCCAUCCCCAACGUCUUCUGUCUGUUGUGAUGAUGCGAUCUAUAUACCAAAAUCUGUGUAACCUCGUUUCUGACAAAUAAAUAAUAAUCCAUUACCGAAAAUUA